AUGGACAGAACUGUACUAGCAGCAUUUGGCCUCGUUGUCAUCCUGAGCAUUGGCCUUAUUGACAACACCGAUGCUGAUCCUACAUACUCUAGUGUUGAGGGAAGAGGUGAAGGAGGGGGGUCCGGUGGUGGGGUCGUGGAUGGUGCCGGAGGGGGUUCUGGGGGUGGUGCUGGGUCAGCCGAGAUGGGUCAAAAUGGGCUGUUCGCUCAUGCAGUUGCUGGAGGGGGUGGUGGCGGGAGUGGUGGAGGCAAGUACGGUGGGUAUGGUUAUGGGGGUGGCUCUGGUUUAAGCUCUGGUUCCACACAAAAGAGCGGACCAACUUAUAGUGGAUAUACUGGAGCUGGUGGUAGUGGUGAAGGUGGUGGUGGUGGAAAGGCUGGAGCUGAUUAUGGUUCUAGCGGCUAUGGGUCAGGUGGUGGGUCUGGUUCUGGUACUAGCUAUGGGGUCACUUAUCAAGUUAGCUCCGCAUCUGUGAGUGCCAAUAGCAAUGGUGGUGGGGAAGGAAUGAGUCAAAAUGGUGGGACAGGAGGUGGUCAAGGACGCGGAUCUGGAUACGGUGAUGUAAACCCUUGAAGCUAGCUUGGUAUCAUGAUCUGAAGACGGAGCCCACCUUUAAUUUGUUUUGUUCCGCAUAUAUUAUGUUCUCU